AUGCCACGAACAUACGUAAGGAAAAAAGAAAAAAAAAACACUGAAGAACAACUCAGACAAGCAAUUGAAAAAGUAAACGAAGGACAGAAAGUUCAUCAAGCAGCAAAGGAAUUUGGCAUCCCAACUGAGACCUUGAGAAGGUGGAUUGUAAAGCCAAAUCAAGCCCGAUUUGGAAGUGGAAGGACAACUGUUCUUUCCAAUGAAGAAGAAGAACUUAUUGUGGUUGGCCUUCAGCAAUGUGCAAGGAGUGGGUGGCCAUGUGAUGGUAAAGACAUUCAAACCAUUGUCAAAUCAUUUUUGGAUAGUAUGGGUAAGGUGACCCGUUUUAAAGACAAUCUACCAGGAGAAGACUGGCUUAUUUUAUUCCGCAAACGAUGGAAAGAUCAACUGACGAUCAGAAAACCUGAAAUUUUGACGAAAAGUAGGGCAGAAGGUUUAACACAUGAAACUGUUGAUGCAUUCUUUAAGCUUUUUCAAGAAACACUUGAGCAGAAUUAUAUGAGUGAUGCCCUAGACUUGGCAGAACGUCUCCAUAAUUGCGAUGAGGCAGGACUGGCAACAAAUCCUGUUUCAAAGAAAGUUUUUAUUCCGAAGACUGAGAAAAAUGCAUACUUUCGUGCACCUAGUGCAGGAAAAACAAGCUAUAGUGUGUUGUUUUGUAUCUCUGCAAAAGGACACCUUUGCCCUCCUUUUGUUGUCUAUAAAGCAAAGAAUUUGUACCAAACUUGGACAUCAGGAGGGCCUCAAGGUGCCAGCUAUGCUGUAACCAACAGUGGUUGGAUGGAGGACUAUGUCUUUGAAGAGUGGUUUUUGAAGCAUUACGUCCCUUGGGCUGGAUCCUUCAGGAAACCAUGUAUUCUUUUUAUGGAUGGACAUGGCAGCCAUCUUACAUACAAAGUGGUAAAGACAGCAAAAGAAAACGAAAUAGUCAUCCUCUGCUUGCCACCAAACACAAGUCAUGCCCUCCAGCCUUGUGAUGUUUCUCUUUUUAGACCCCUUAAGGCUGCAUGGAAAGACAUUCUAAAGUUGUGGUUCAGAGAAACAAGAUUGAAGGCAGUAGAUAAGGCUGUGUUUCCUUCAUUGCUUAGCAAGCUUUGGCUUAAGGUAAAGGCAGAAAAUGCUGUUGCGGGAUUUGUAGGUAGUGGUCUAUAUCCAAUAAACCCGCAAAAGGUGAAGCCACGCAUUGUUGAAUGUAAUGCACCUAUCCAGCCAGGAAAUGCUGAGUCACACAGAAAGUUGCUGAGACAAGCAAUAAUAAAUGCUGUAACACCAUCUCCAUCUGAUUCCACAAAAAGUGCAAUGGCCAAUUCACAUAGGAAACGAAAGCGAGUCCAAGCAAAGGCAGGAGAAGUGCUGACAGAUGAUGAAGUAGUAGAACGAUUAAGAAAAGAAGAAAUUGCAAGGAAACAAAGAAAGCAUCAGCACAGAAAGCACCAAAAAAGAAAGGGACAGAAAGUUUUCAGGUUAUUGCCUCCACCAGUUGUGCAUCGACACCAAAGCUUCCAAAAAGAGAAAUCAAGGAGAGAAAUGCAAAACGAAGUAAACUUGUGUUUCAUGAUGACAACUCAGAUUCAGAUUGUGUUGAAUUAG